AUGAAUUUUUAAUCUCCUCUUGCAAGAAAUUUAUUCAGUACUCCUGAAAAAUAAUCUAUGGAACCAGAGUUGUGUAAGAAAGUGAUCAUUGAUGAUCAAAUACAACAAUUCAAUAAUUCAAGCAAAAAACAAUUCAAAUUCUAGAUUAUACCUAUCAAGACUCAAACACCAAUUAAAUAAAAAAAUCAUCUUUCACACAUUACUCCAAGUACUUCAGAAAACGAUUGCAUUGGAAGUUCUUUAGUUCAUAGAUUCUAAAAUCAUAUGACCUUAGAUUAAAUCUAAUAAAGUCCUCCCAGCACCCCAAAAAAUAAGGGAACUAAAUCUCAUAAAGAAUUAACUGCUUAAAAAUAGGGUACUGCCACUCCAAUAAAAAAGAAAAGUGCGAUUAAAAGUAUCCAGACAAGUGCAUGGGCCAUGGAUGUUGAAGAUUAGUCAGAAGAAGAGAGUCCUUCCUUUGAGAAAUCUAGAUAUUAUAAUGAAUAUACUUAAUUGGCAGUAAUAGGCAAUGGAAAUUUUGGUACUGUUUAUAAAUGCAGAAAUAAUAUUGAUAAACAAAUUUAUGCGAUAAAAUGUGUUAAACUUCAAGGAUAUGGCAAAUCAUAUGAUGCAGCAGAAACUCUUAAUGAAGCAUAGGCACUUGCGUAUCUGACGGCUAAAGGAAGAUGCAAAAAUAUCAUAAGAUAUUAUACUGCCUGGAAUGAAAAGUGCUAUAAUUAUUUAUAAAUGGAAUACUGCAAUUUCAAUGUGACUUCCCUCUUAGAAUCUAAAAGGGAUUAAAAUUAAAGAUUUGAAGAAUUCGAAGUUAAAAAGAUACUGAAAGAUAUUUUGAAAGGUUUGAGAUUUCUUCAUGAAUAAUCAAUCACGCAUUUCGAUGUCAAACCUGAUAACAUCUUAUAUAGCAAAGUUUAAGGGUGUUACAAAUUGGCUGAUCUAGGUCUUUCCAGACAAACCUAAUUAAAAAAGGGAGAGGAUAUUAAUGAAGGAGAUUCUCGAUAUUUAGCUCCUGAAAUUUUAUCUAAUCUAACAGCUUAAUCUGAUUUAAGUAAAUCGGAUAUAUUCUCAAUGGGUGCUUCAAUUUAUGAAAUUAUGAUAGGAGAGACUCUACCUGCAUGUGGAGAAAAAUGGUUGAAAUUAAGAUAAGGUUUGUCAGUUAAUGAUUUUGGAUCAGAUUUCUAUUCCAUUAAAUUAAGAAGAUUAAUUUGCAGGAUGAUGAAUCCCAAUUCAUUUUUUAGAUUGAGUGCUAAGUCUUGUUUAGAAGAUCCUUAUUUGUUUGUUCCUAAGGAAAAAUUCAUACAAUAGGAAAAGAUUAAAGGAUAUUAAUUAAGAUAAUAAUUCGAUGUACUUAAAAUUAUGGAAACCAAAAAAAGGUAAAUGAGUGUUUGA